AUGGGUGGCGAUCCCAUUAGAAUUGAGGAGGCACCGUUUAUGGCGAUUUUUAAGAGGCGAGACCAGGAAUACGGUUGUGGGGGUACCAUAGUCCACAAACGAUCUAAUAUGGUAAUUGUGGUGGGCACAGACAGAGUACAAGGAGGACAGUACUACGACAUUAUGGCAAGCUAUCCCCAUCCAAAAUUUCAGCGAGACUAUGACGUAGUCGUGCUUAAGCUAGCUAAGGACUUGCUGUUCAGCAGCAAGGUACAGCCGAUUCAAAUGGCCGAGCGCGGUAUGGAUAUCAAUGAUGGCGCUGUAUUGAGAGUCAUGGGGUUCGGAAUGACAGAUCCAAAUGACCGUAGCAGUGCCUCACCAAUACUUCUUAAAGUCGACGUGCCUUACAUGAAUACUGAAAAAUGUAGUAGAUUUUUCCCCAAUACAUUAACUGAACGAAUGAUAUGCGCAGGCGAAAGCGGAAGAGGGGCAUGUUACGGUGAUAGCGGUGGACCUUUAAUCUACAACAACCGACAUGUCGGCAUCGUGUCAUUUGGUACUCCGGAUUGUGCUGCGAGCGGUUCACCCGCAGUUUUUGCACGAGUUUCGGCUCUUCGCGACUUCAUUGAUAAAGUAAUGUCUAACUAA